UAAUAUUAACAAGGACACAUAACAAUGAUAACUUAUACAAUGAAACGACACUAUUAAUAAAUAUCUAAUUAGUCAUGCUCCAAUUAUUAUUGAGAGUUGCUGAUUGGUUGUCCUCAAUGUGUCAAUCGCAAUGAAAACUAUAAAGAUACUACUUAACCGUCGGCCCAAUUUUUGUCUACUCUCCUGUCACAAGAGUGACAGCAGCAUCUGUAGAUCCGGCCACUUAAAAAUCACUUAAAUAUAUCGAAGAUCCAGAAAAUUGUUACUUUAUCAUAUUUGAAGUCGAAAAUCGGAAAUAUAAAAAUUGAAGACAAAAAUUGUAACAAAUAACAAUUCUAUACAUUAUUUCUCGCGUGUGUUUAUAAAGCUUUCAUAUUAUUUAAAAAUGACGGGUUACAUGCCACCGAUUCAUAUGCCACUUGAAUCAAAGUGGCGACAUUAUCCGACGUAUAUCUACGACAGAAAUUACAGUUACGGUAUGAAUUACUAUCAGCCAAUGAUCGAUUACAUAGAUACCAAGCAACGAAUUCCGAGAUCAGCUUCGUCAAAAUUUGAAACAAGAAUAGAAUUACCCGAAUUACCCUGGUCCGAUGGUAGUAUCUUGUGGGAGGACAAAAGGGUGCAACCCUAUACAAAAGACAAUCUCAUUAAAUACGCAAUCAACGCCGAAGACGAGGCCAGAAAUCAUCUAUCUCGCUUUAAGAUAGCAAAUCGCUCGGACUUCAGUCUGGCCAAAACUGUGCACGCCAGUCGCGUAACCAAGGAUAUUCUGCCGCGCACGGGAGAGAACCUGAGGAGACUGCCGACCAUGGCCACCACCGUUAUGACGAGGAUGUGGAAAGAGAUCAAGAAGAAUCAACAGGAGACAACUGCAAGCAAUGUGAAGCUGCAAGCGCUGAAGGACGUUCAGAGGAUGAGCGAAGGACGGGAGGUAUUGGAGUACGGUAAAAGUCUGCGAGGAAAAUCCGCGAGAGCGAUAGGAUACCAACUGAUGACGGAAACCCUGAAGAAUCUCUCUCAGAGCCAAGAACUGGCCGAUGUUCGAAACUUCCAAGGAGAUAGUGUGCAGGCUAUCUUGGAUGCGAAAAUUGUUAAAGCGCAUGAGAGAUUGAUAGACGAGAGGACCAAGGCUCUGAUCGACGAGGAUAAGCUGACACAGCCGCUUGAUAGACUUAGCAAAGAGCUGCGUGGAUUUGAGCAGAAGUCCAGCGAUUAUUUUCUAGAUAAGAGGUACCGAGAUCGGGAAAGGCUUUUAAAUAAGUGUCGAGGAUGCGAGUAUUAUGUUAAGCGCGCUAGAUAGGUAAGAGUUGUGUCUUGAUCGAGUUCUCGAAGAAAUAGCGCAGAGAAGUAAAAAAGUCGUAAUUUUUAGAAAGAUAGAAAACACUUAUAAUAAUGCGUCAAAUAUUAAAAUAAACGACUUCGAUAAGCA